AGCAGCAAUCAGGAGCAUACGAGGGUAAGUUGGUCCAUUUACCAUACUCUCUAAAACCCUAACUCAUACUUAUAGUUAUGUCCUCACUCAGCUUUCCUCUUAGCCGAAACCCGAGAGCAGAGGAGACGAACCUCGACGAACAAAUCAAUGGGGGCUUACAAGUACGUGUCGGAGUUAUGGAGGAAGAAACAAUCAGAUGUGAUGAGGUUCUUGCAGAGGGUGAGGUGCUGGGAAUACCGCCAGCAUCCUUCCAUUGUCCGUGUCACCCGCCCCACUCGCCCUGACAAGGCUCGCCGCAUGGGUUACAAGGCCAAGCAGGGUUAUGUUAUCUAUCGUGUGCGCGUAAGGCGUGGUGGGAGGAAGAGACCAGUUCCCAAGGGUAUUGUAUAUGGGAAACCCACCAACCAGGGUGUUACCCAGCUGAAAUUCCAACGCAGCAAGCGUUCAGUUGCAGAGGAGCGUGCUGGUAGGAAGCUUGGUGGUCUUAAGGUCCUUAACUCGUACUGGAUCAAUGAGGAUUCAACAUACAAAUACUUUGAGGUCAUCUUGGUUGAUGCUGCACACAAUGCGAUCCGCAAUGAUCCAAGGAUCAACUGGAUCUGCAAACCUGUCCACAAGCAUAGGGAGCUUCGUGGUCUCACUUCUGCAGGGAAGAAGUACAGAGGUCUCCGUGGCAAGGGGCACUUGCACCACAAGGCAAGGCCUUCAAGAAGGGCAACCUGGAAGAGGAACAACACACUUUCUCUCCGACGCUACCGUUGAUCUUUGUGUUUUUAUUUGUUGUCUCUGUUAUUCUUAUUUUCUGUUGUAGGAUUUGCCGAUUUUGAUACAAGUGCUUUUUUUGGGCUACUUUUGUCGAACAUGUUUCAUUUUUCUGCAUUGAGGCUAUCGAAUUAUGCUUUUGUUAAAACUACUUUGGGAUUUCUAUAUUACAGUUCACUUAAAAUUUCUGCUGGGUA